AUGGCUGCGCCCACGACUUUUCAAAUUUCUGGGCUUUUGGAAAAGAUGACUAAUAUUGACAAAGAUUUUCGUUAUAUGGCUGUAAACGAUUUAAUGGCAGAAUUGUGUAAAGCAUCGAUUGCUUUAGAUGAAGAUAUGGAGAAAAGAAUUGUUAAUUCUCUUCUGUCACUGAUUCAAGACAAGAAUGCUGAAGUGCAAAAUUUGACUUGUCGUUGUUUAGGUUAG